AUGACUUGCCCCGAGGAACAGGCAUACCGUCUGCUGACUGAAUACUCAAAUGGGUUCAUGGUCUCCCAGGUUCUGUUUGCCGCCUGUGAGCUGGGCGUGUUUGACCUUCUGGCUGAGGCCCCAGAGCCCCUGGGCGCGGCAGCAGUGGCUGCACGGCUGGGCACCAGCUCCUGUGGGACAGAGCUCCUGCUGGACACCUGUGUGUCCCUGAAGCUGCUUCAGGUGCAAACAAGGAGGGGAAAAGCUUUGUAUCAAAACACAGAGCUCUCCAGCACCUACCUGGUCAGGGCCAGUCCCAAGUGCCAGGGCAACAUGCUGCGGUACCUGGCCAGGACGACAUAUCUGUGCUGGGGCCACCUGGCCCAGGCCGUGAGGGACGGCAAGAACCAGUAUCUGGAGGCAUUUGGGGUUCCCUCUGACGAGCUCUUCAGCGCCAUCUACAGAUCUGAGGGCGAGCGGCUGCAGGUCAUGCGAGGUCUGCAGGACAUCUGGAGCAUCAGCGGGAGGCAUGUGCUGGCCGCUUUUGACCUGUCCCCGUUCCCGCUCAUCUGCGAUAUUGGUGGCUGUUCUGGGGCUCUGGCCAAGGAGUGCACCUCUCUGUACCCUGGGUGUCGGGUCACCGUGUUUGACAUCCCUGAGGUGGUACAGAUGGCCAAGAAGCACUUCUCAUUCCUGGAGGAAGCACGGAUCAGCUUCCGUGAAGAUGCUCAGUAUAGUGGCAUUGAGUGCAUUCACACUGCUGUGUAA